AUGACUGCGAGGCGCGAGCUGAGUCGAGAUGUCUGGUGUCAUUGGAUGGAGUCGACUCCUGACGAGUCUCAGCUGGAGGAAAUUGAUAUCAGACUGGAGAGCUCAUUUUACGUUGGUCCCAUCUGUGAGCUAUGGUCUCCUCCAGCGAGUUUCUUCACCUUGAAGAAUUUAAAAGUUCUGAAGCUUAACGAAAUCAUGACAGGCAUAAUGCCGGCUUCUAUUUUUCUUUCUAGUCUGAAAAUCCUACAUCUUUUGAAGCUAAGGACUCGGGACUUCGAGUUAUUAAGCAGACUCAUUUCUGGUGGCCCUGUUCUGGAGACUCUUUAUUUGGAGAAUUGCUUUUUGCAAGAUGUGGGAUGGCGAUCAAGUACUCAUUGCUUCCAUACCAUCCUUGAAGAACUUGACGAUUAG